CCGGAACAGAGCAGUCCCCACACAGACACACCAAACGCCACCUCCACCACCGCUCCUCCCACAGCAAAAGCAUCCUCCUCCUCGGCCUCUCCGAGGCGCACUGAAGCCCAAAAACCCUCGCUCCCCGCCCCCUCUCUCCUCUCCUCCGGGGCUAGGGUUUUACGGCGGGCCCGACGGCGGCGGCGCCGGCGAGUCUGAGCGAUGGAGGAGGACCAAUCUGCAGUACUGGUCGCUGAAGGUUCCAUCAAGAGCAUCAAACUUAGCCUAUCCACGGAGGCUGAGAUAUGUACUUACUCUAUAAACGACUGUCCUGUUACUCAUCCCAGUCAACUUGGGAAUCCUUUCCUUGGCUUACCACUUGAGUCAGGGAAAUGCGAGUCAUGUGGUGCCUCUGAAAAUGGCAAAUGCGAAGGGCAUUUUGGGUACAUUGAGCUGCCUGUACCUAUAUAUCAUCCAUGCCAUGUCAGUGAACUUAGGCAAUUACUGACCUUGGUAUGUUUGAAGUGCCGUCGUAUGAAGAAAGCAAAGGGCAAACAGAGCAAUGGAAAGGAAAAUGUGUCAGUAACGGCAUGCCACUACGCUGACUGUCGGGCUCUCCCGGCACUAUCUGUGAAGGAAACCAAGACAACAGAUGGUGCAUUUCGUUUAGAGCUGAAAGCGAAGAAACACAUGACGGAACGUUCUUGGAACUUCCUUGACCAAUAUGGAUUUCACUAUGGUGGAGCCUCCCACAAUAGGAUACUGCUUCCAGAAGAGGCUCUGAAUAUAUUGAAGAAGAUUCCAGAUGAGACGAAAAAAAAGCUAGCUGCACGGGGAUACAUUGCUCAGUCUGGUUAUGUGAUGAAAUAUCUUCCAGUACCCCCUAACUGCCUCUAUAUUCCAGAAUUCACAGACGGGCAGAGCAUCAUGUCCUAUGACAUCUCUAUAUCUUUAUUGAAGAAGGUACUUCAAAAGAUAGAGCAGAUAAAAAAAUCAAGAGCUGGUCCCCCAAACUUCGAAUCACAUGAUGUUGAAUCAAGUGAUUUACAACUUUCUAUUGGCCAAUACAUACAGCUCAGGGGUACUACAAAGGGUCCUCAAGACGCAAAGAGAUAUGCAAUUAGCACUGAUUCAUCGCAUUUAUCAACAAAACAAUGGUUAGAUAAGAUGAGGACAUUGUUCAUCAGCAAAGGGUCAGGAUUUUCAUCACGUAGUGUACUUACUGGAGAUCCUUACAUUGGAGUAGAUGUAGUUGGCCUGCCUUCUGAAGUGGCAAAAAGAAUAACUUUUGAAGAACAGGUUACGGACAUCAACAUUAACAGAUUGCAAGAGGUUGUUGACAAGGGAGACUGUUUGACCUACAGAGAUGGUGAAACAACAUAUGCAAUCACUGUAGGAUCAAAAGGAUAUACAACACUUAAAGUGGGUCAAACGAUCAGUAGAAGAAUCGUUGAUGGUGAUGUUGUGUUCCUGAACAGGCCACCUAGUACUCACAAGCAUUCUCUCCAGGCAUUUAAAGUAUACAUCCACGAUGAUCAUACAGUCAAAAUCAAUCCCCUUAUAUGCUCUCCUCUUGCAGCAGAUUUUGACGGUGAUUGUGUGCAUAUUUAUUACCCUCAGUCACUUGCUGCAAAAGCUGAAGCCUUGGAGCUUUUCAGUGUGGAGAAGCAACUGACGAAUUCACACAACGGAAAAAUAAACCUACAGCUAGCUAAUGACAGUUUGCUAGCUCUGAAACACAUGUCUUCAAGAACCAUGUUAAGCAAAGAAUCAGCUAACCAGCUGGCCAUGCUUCUGUCCCUUUCUCUUCCUGCCCCUGCUGUGGUCAAGUCAAAGCCAUACUGGACAAUCUCACAAAUAUUGCAAAGUGCGUUGCCAGCAGAAUUGACUUGUGAAGGGGACAGAUUCCUAGUCAAGGACAGCACCGUCGUAAAACUGGAUCUUGCAAAAGAAUCCGUCCAGGCCUCAUUCUCGGAUCUAGUGUCUUCCAUUAAUUGUGUAAAGGGUCCAGGAGAUGCACUCAAAUUCUUAAAUGCGCUGCAGCCCUUGUUGAUGGAAUUUUUACUUCUGGAUGGUUUUAGUGUAAGUCUGCAAGAUUUUAGUGUGCCCAAGAUUCUGUUGGAAGAAGCACAGGAAAGCAUAAAAACACAGUCUGCUGUACUGGAGCAGUCAAGGUCCUCGAAAGGCCAGUAUGUGGAAAUGCGGGUUGACAACAAUCUAAAGGACGUCAAACAACAAAUUUCAGAUUUUGUCGUGAAGUCCUCUCAUCUUGGUCUUUUGAUUGACCCAAAGAGUGACCCAUCAGUGUCAAAAGUAGUUCAACAGCUUGGUUUUGUUGGUCUGCAACUCUACCGCGAGGGGAAGUUCUACUCGAGCCGUCUCGUGGAGGACUGUUUCUCAAAUUUUGUGAAUAGGCACCCACCUGUUGGAAAUGAAGUCCAGCAUCCUCCAGAAGCUUAUGGUCUUGUGCAAAGUUCAUAUUUCCAUGGUCUCAAUCCUUAUGAGGAGCUGGUACAUGCUAUAUCCACGAGAGAAACUAUCGUCCGCUCCUCAAGAGGGUUGACAGAACCAGGAACUCUGUUCAAGAGUCUAAUGGCCAUCCUGCGAGAUGUAGUUGUAUGCUAUGAUGGAACUGUGAGAAACAUCUGCAGCAAUUCAAUCAUGCAACUUAAGUACAGAGAAGAAGACGCCACCGAUUUUCCAAGUGAUAUAACUCCUGGAGAACCGGUGGGUGUCUUAGCUGCCACUGCUAUCUCCAACCCUGCUUACAAGGCUGUCUUGGAUGCUUCUCAAAGUAAUAAUACUUCAUGGGAGUUGAUGAAGGAAAUACUUCAGACGAAAGUUAACUAUAAAAAUGAUACGAAAGAUCGAAAAGUUAUCCUGUUUCUUAAUGACUGCUCUUGUCCCAAGAAGUUCUGCAAAGAAAAGGCUGCUAUUGCAGUACAGGGCUGUCUAAAGAAAGUCACUCUAGAGGACUGUGCCACUGAUAUCUGCAUUGAGUAUCAGAAACAAACAAGUUUAGAUGGAAUUUCAGAAGCUACCCCAGCAUUUGUUGGUCAUAUUCACCUUCAAAAGGCACAUUUAGAAACGAUAAACAUUAGCACCGAGGAUAUUCUUCAUAAAUGCCAAGAAGUUUCUGUGAAACAUGGGAUGAAGAAAGGACAUCUUGCACACCUGUUUAAAAAGAUUACUUUCUCUACUUGUGAUUGUUCCUUCACACAAAAGCCGAUUGAUGGGAAGGUUCCAUGUUUGCAGUUUUCUUUUUCUGAGGACAUUCCUAUGUUAUCUGAAUCUGUUGAGAAAGCUGUGAAUGUGCUAGUCGAUUCUAUAUGUGGUGUGCUUCUGGAUAAUAUUAUAAAAGGUGAUCCUCGAAUUCAAGAGGCCAAAAUUACGUGGGUUGGGUCUGAUGCAACGUCUUGGGUAAAACACACAAAGAAGGCAUCAAAGGGUGAGCCAGCAGUAGAAAUUGUUGUUGAGAAAGGUGAAGCUUUGCAAAACGGUGACGCAUGGAGAAUAGCGAUGGAUGCAUGCAUCCCAGUAAUGAACCUCAUCGACACACGAAGGUCCAUACCUUAUGGUAUUCAGCAAGUGCGGAAACUUCUUGGCAUAGCAUGCUCCUUUGAUCAAGUUGUCCAGCGCCUUUCGACAACUAUGAAAACGGUUGCUAAAGGAAUUCUUAAGGACCAUCUGGUACUUGUGGCAAACAGCAUGACAUGCACCGGUAACUUGAAUGGGUUCAACAAUGCUGGUUAUAAGGCAACCUUCCGUUCAUUAAAAGUUCAAGUACCUUUUACAGAGUCCACCUUAUUCACCCCUAUGAAAUGCUUUGAGAAGGCUGCCGAGAAAUGCCAUUCGGAUUCAUUGGGUUGUGUGGUCUCAUCAUGUUCGUGGGGCAAGCAUGCAGCACUUGGCACUGGGUCAUCUUUUGAGAUUCUUUGGAACGAAAAUCAGCUAAAAAGCAACAAGGAGUAUGGUGAUGGCCUGUAUGAUUUCCUGGCCUUGGUGAGGACUGACCAAGAAAAGGCUAGAUACACAUUCUUGGACGAUGUGGACUACCUUAUUGAAGACAACGCGUUAUCACCAGAAUUGGAUGGUAUGCCUACUUUUGACGAUUGUCUUGAAGAACAGCCAACAGAUCAAGGCAAUUCAUCUUGGAAUGUCCCCGCGACAGUGGAGAAUGAAUCCGCUGAUUGGGGAGGCUGGGGCGCUGAUAAGGCGAAGGAUAAGAAGACUAUGCCAGAAGAACCAGCUGGACUCAAUACUUGGGCUGAUCAGAGUGCUAAGAAGGAUACAGAUGGAGGCGGUCGUAACUGGGGGAAGCAACCAGCAGAUCAAGAUUCAUCUUGGAAUGUGCCUGCGGCAGUGGAGAAUGAAUCAGCUGAUUGGGGGGGCGCUGAAAAGGCGAAGGCUAAGAGGACUAUGCCAGAAGAACCAGCUGGACUCAAUACUUGGGCUGAUCAGAGUGCUAAGAAUGAUACAGAUGGAGGCGGUCGUAACUGGGGGAAGCAACCAGCAGAUCAAGAUUCAUCUUGGAAUGUGCCUGCGGCAGUGGAGAAUGAAUCAGCUGAUUGGGGGGGCUGGGGCAGUGAAAAGGGAAAGGAUAAGAAGAGUGUUCCAGAAGAACCAGCUGAAAACAACACUAGGGCUGAUCAGAGUUCUAAAAAGGAUUCAGAUGGAGGUGGUGGUAACUGGGGUAAGCAGCCGAACAUGCCAGCAUCACCAUCAGUCAGUGCAUGGGGCAAAAAGAAUUCUGAUGGAGGUGAUGGUACCUGGGAAAAGCAAGCCAGCUCUUGCAAGAAAAAUGUUGACCAGGCCUCUUGGGGAAACGAGCCAGUGCCACCGUCAAGAAAUACAUGGGACGACAAGGCGUCUAAGCCGCAUACUGAUGCACAUAAUGAUUCCUGGGGAAGUGUGGCAGCUAAUACUCGGACUUCUACUGCAGAAGAUGUUCCUUGGGGAAGUACUCAAACUUCUUCUGCGGAGCAUAUGGAUGCACAGAAUGAUUCCUGGGAGAAUGUGGCUGCAAAGGCUGCUUCACUGUCAGAUAAUGCAUGGAAUGCUGCUCCAGUUUCCCAGGGAAAUGAGAAUUCAGAAGCAAAGGAGCCAGAUGCUUGGGAUGGCUGGGGUUCUGCUCAAGCCAAGGACUCCAGUACUGAUGAUUUGAACAAGAGCGAUGCUUCUAACAACAGCAAAGGCUGGAAAUCAGAUGGAUGGGCUGCCAAAGAAAGUCGGAGAGACCAAAGAGACAAUCUGGGUAGGCCCCCAAUGAGACCUGUGGAGAGGCCACCAAGACCACGGUUCGAACUACCAGCUGAUGCAAAAACGAUUUUACACGAAAUUGAACCUAUUGUAUUAUCGGUCAGAAAGAUCUUCCGUGAAUCAUGUGAUGGUGUAAAUCUUUCCCUGGAGGAUGAGAAGUUCAUCAAGGAGAAGAUUCUGGAGCACCAUCCUGAAAAGGAUAAGAAGCUGUCCUCUGAAACUGAUCAUAUAGUGGUUAACAAGCACCACACGUUCCAGGAGAGUCGCUGCUUUUACGUGGUGUCAUCAGAUGGAACACAGACAGACUUCUCCUACAUCAAGUGCCUGGACAAUUACGUGAGGAAGAGCUAUGCAGAAGAGCCCGCCGAACUGGUCUCCCAGAUGUACUUCCAGAGGCGCAAUCGUGAUCGAGCACCAGCUGAGGCUUCUCAACCAACUCUAGCAGAGACCUCACAAGCCACUCCACAGGAGGCUCAGCUAGAGACUCCAGCCCCACUUGCAGAAACAGCUUCACAAGAGGCUCUGGCUUCUCCGUCAGCGACCCAGCAAGAGACCCCAGCGGCGACUCCUCAGGAGACUCCGGCAGCGACAGAGACCGCCCCAGCGGCGACUCCACAAGAGACUCUGGCAGCGACAGUCAACAAGUGGGCUGAAAAGCCAGAUUCUGAUUCAGCGUGGGGCGCAGGAGCCUCCGAUGAUAAGUGGGCCUGAUGAUGUCUUAGGCGUGGUGUAGAAGCAACUGAACCAAUGUACAUGCAAGCCUACCUCUCAUGUUAGCAUGGCAUAUGCUAAAACCUUUCUGCUUUGCCCUGACUUACGUGUAGAGGGUUGACAGUACCAGUCUUUCAGAAUGGGCCGUGUUUCCUGUGUCCCUUCCAGACGAGUUCUACAUUCCGGGAGAUGGAAGUGCUGCCAUCUGUAGUAAUCGAGACUAGUUUUGACCUGUCUUUGAUCUCCUUGGUUGCUGGAUAUCAUAGUUUGAAUGAUCUGAUGCUAGUCGUAUCUUGUGGUUGCUGUUUGUAAGGCUUCGUACCAUCACUUUAUCUGGUGCUGAAACUUACAGAGCUUCGGAGUUUGACUUGGUGCUACCAUGUGACUGAUAAAGGGCAGUUCCUUAUUA